CGUGUCUACGGUGGCAGCCUAGGGUGCCUGGGCUGCCCCUGCAAUUUUCGAAAGACAAGUCAACUGAGUUUUAAAUCUAGUGGCUUACAACUUUUAUUUAGAAAAAAAAGUCAUGCAUUGUUUAUUUUAUUAUAUUAAUAAUUUAUGCAUUGUCGAAUUGAUGUCUUCAUUCAUUUAUGAUUCGUAUCGAAAAUCGCGAUAAUAAAAUAUGGGUAUCUGCCAUCUAAUAAUUUAAUUUAAUAAUACAAAUACAAUUUAUGGGAAAUAUGAGUUAUUUUUAUUACUAUUAAAGGAGAAUAAUUACUGUAGAUAUGGCACUGAGUAGUGGUGACGACCCUACCCGUUUUCGGAAUAACCUGAUCAGACGACGGUACGGUUCGCAUAAUCGCAUCUAUUAUUAGAUAUUUCAUGAACUCACUAAUCACUGUAGUCACAAUUCUCGAACACACGAACCGAAUAAACAUGAUCGUUGAAUUGUAAUCACUAGAUAGUAGACAUUCAAUCGUAAUUGUUCUCGUUUUUUCGCUAUUGACAUUUUUGCUGUAUUUAAGACUUAAGUCCCGAGAGGAUGGAUAUUUUUAAAAGGAAAAAAGGAGGAGCUGCUAGAGAACAAGAUCGUAAAAAAGUUAAACUGAAUAAAAUUGCUAAAUCUUGUCAAAAUAUAAAAAACUUUUUUAAAUUAAAUAAUGAACAUGAAGAUCAUCCCGACGAUCCUGCUUCAUGCACGAAUGAAAAAAACAGCGAAAAUUUAAUUAGUAAUAUAUCAGAAGCUGAACCAGAUCAAAAUUACAUCCAAAAUCAAACAAAAGAAGUCGCUAAUGAUGUCACAGAGCUUAAUACUACUAUCAAUGAUCCAACAGUUAAGUUACCAACCAAUCGUCUUGAAUUUUAUCAAAGAAUUAAUCAAGGUCCAUAUCGUCCAAUUUUAAAGCUUUAUCCGAAAACAUUACAAGGAAAGAAACAGCGUUCGUUUCAAAAAUCGUGGUAUGAAUUGUACAGUUGGUUAGAAUAUAGUCCAUUGGUUGAUGCAAUAUUUUGCUUUUCGUGUCGUUGUUUUAAUGGAAAUGAAUUAAAUAUUGGUCAGACAGAAAAAGUUUUUACUAAAACCGGAUUUAAUAGUUGGUACAGGGCUUCUGAAAGAUUAAAAUCUCAUCAAAUGUCAAAAUAUCACAUAAACAGUCAAACUGCUAUGAAUAAUUUUUGUAAUAAUAAAUCUAUCGACGAAGUAAUUGACAGUAAUAUAACUUUGCAGCUAAGUAAAAGGGAAGCAGAACGAUUAAAUAACAGGGAAGUGAUGAAACGUUUAAUUGAUAUUGUGAUUUGUCUUGCUAAAUGUGGUAAGCCUUUUCGUGGCCAUGAUGAAUCGCACACCAGUUAUCAAAAAGGUAUGUUCUUAGAAUUGAUUCAAAUCCUAUACAAAUAUGAUACUGUUUUAAAAACUCAUAUUGAUAGUGGUCCUAAGAAUGCUAUGUAUACAAGCAAUAUAAUUCAAAAUGACAUUAUAAAUUCUAUACAUAAUGUAAUCAAUCAAGAAUUAAAAUUAAAAUUACAAAACACUCAUAUUGCAGUUAUGGCAGAUGAGACCAGUGACAUAGGUCACCACGAGCAACUUUCUGUAGUUUUUCGCUAUUUUGAUAUCAAAACCAACCGCCCAAUAGAAACAUUUAUUACUUUAAUACGUAUGUUGUCUGUAGAUGCAGAAUCAAUUUUUAAUGCACUUAACGAUGUAAUUACUUGUCAAUUUAAGUUAAAUUGGAAGAAUAUAGUUGCAGUUUGUUUUGAUGGAGCAGCAACUAUGGCAGGUAAUAUUAACGGCGUUCAAGCCAAAUGCAAGAAUAAAAAUAAAAAUAUUUUACAUGUGCACUGUUAUGCACAUUGCUUAAAUUUAACUUUGAUGGAUGCUGUAUGUGCUAAUGCAAAGUAUAGUGAAGUAAAUAAAUGUGUCUUUGAUUUUCUUGGGACUGUACAAUUUAUUUAUUCUUUUAUUGAAGGGAGUCCAAUACGACACGCAGUAUUUGAAAGAUUUGCUAAAUUAGAAGGUGCUAAAGUACAAACAUUGAAAUCAAUGUCUCAAACUAGGUGGGCUUGUCGUGCUGAGGCAAUAAAUGCAGUUAAGAACAAUUACAAAGCUCUAAUAAGUACGUUAAAAGAAAUAAAUUCCAAAUGUUUCAUACCUGAAGCAAGAGCUAAAUGCCGUGGACUUCUACAACAACUUAAUACCUUUGAGUUUAUUUAUUGUUUAAAUUUAAUGCAACCAAUUUUACAAUUAAUACUAAAAGUAAGUUCAUCUUUACAAGCUUCUAACUUGGAACUUUUUUCUGCUGUUUCACUUGUACAUGCUUUAAGAUCUUCACUAACCUCAUUAAGAAAUUCACCUCAAGAAAUUCAGUCUAUAUUUAUUAAUACAGAACAAAUGUGUAAAGAAAAUAAUAUUGAAAUACCAACUGUAAAAAAUAGAAAAGUUUCAAAAAAAAGAGAUGAUUUACAAUGUUCUACAUCACAGCAUAUUUUUCUUACAAAGAGUGAUGAAAUGAAAGUAACUGUUGUUUUUCCAUUAUUAGAUGUGUUAUUAUCUGGAAUCAAUGAUAGAUUUAAACAAGAAACAUCAGAUUUGAUAACUGUGAUUGGACAAUUAAUUAAUUUAGAGUUGAAUUGUAAUUCACCUUAUGUAUACAUACUAAACAAUUUACUAAAUAUUCAAACACAAGAUCUUUUUGUAGAAAUCAAGCUUUUAAAAAGUAUUGAGGACACACCUAAAGGAACAUCAUCUGAUUACAUAUAUAAGUGGCUUGAUUGGUUAGCAAUAGAAGGAAGAUCAGAUACUUUUAAGACAUUUUAUAGUUGCCUAACAUAUUUUGUGGUUAUACCAGUGACCAGUUGUGGAUGCGAAAGAAGUUUUUCAAAAAUGUCAAUUGUAAAAACCAAAUUAAGAAGCACAAUGACGCAAGAAAGGCUUAAUGCUUUAUUAUUUUUAUUUAUUGAACAAGAGUAUGUAAGUAAUAUCAAUGUUGAAAGUGUGAUUGAUGAUUUUAAAAAUGUUCCUUCAAAAAGAAGACUUAUUCUUUGAUAUAGGUAUGCGUGUUAGGUAUAUUAUUAUUAAUUUUAUAAAAUAUAAAUAUGUGUUGUUCAAUGUUCUUAUUGUUAUUAAACUCAUCAAGUAUAUACUUCUUAUUUAAAAAUUGUUAUUCUAUAUACUUAAACAUCAUAUAUUUUGUUUAUUAUCUAAUUAUUCUAAUUUAUUGUAUUUUAAAGGUUA